GAGGGUUCGGGAAGGUUUGUUGGAGAGUCCUGGGGAAGUUGGCUUAUAACCUUUUAGAAGAAUUAGAGGAUUUGCGGCUGCCUGACCCCAGCCUAGUGUGUGUAGUGCCGAGGCUCGGGCAGCAUGACGACGGAGACCUUCGUGAAAGAUAUCAAGCCCGGGCUCAAGAAUCUGAACCUCAUCUUCAUUGUGUUGGAGACAGGCCGAGUGACCAAGACAAAGGACGGGCACGAAGUUCGGACCUGCAAAGUGGCUGACAAAACGGGCAGCAUCAAUAUCUCUGUGUGGGACGACGUGGGUAAUCUGAUCCAGCCUGGAGACAUUAUUCGGCUCACCAAAGGGUACGCUUCAGUAUUCAAAGGUUGUCUGACACUAUACACUGGACGUGGGGGUGAUCUUCAAAAGAUUGGAGAAUUCUGUAUGGUUUAUUCUGAGGUUCCUAACUUCAGUGAGCCAAACCCAGAAUACAGUGCCCAGCAGGCACCCAAUAAGACGGUGCAGAGCGACAGCAGCCCUACAGCUCCCCAGCCUACCACUGGACCCCCUGCCGUUUCUCCAGCCUCUGAAAACCAGAACGGGAAUGGACUGAGUGCCCCACCAGGUCCUGGUGGUGGCCCGCACCCGCCUCACACACCCUCGCACCCGCCCAGCACCCGAAUUACCCGAAGCCAGCCCAACCACACACCUGCUGGCCCUCCGGGGCCCUCCAGCAAUCCUGUCAGUAACGGCAAAGAGACCCGGAGGAGCAGCAAGAGAUAACAAGACAUUCUUCCUCCCUUCCCACCACCCACUACAACUCAAGUGUCUCCUAGAGAACACAGCCUUUUAAUAGGCUGUUGGCUUUUGGGGGUGGGGGUGGAUAGGCAGCAGUAUUUUAGCCAAUGAAUUUCACUGGAGGGGUCGUGAGCAGUGGCCUUAUCCACCCUAAGCCCAUGCUCCCUGCCUUGCCCAGCUAAAGCUGCCUAUCUCCUGGGAUUCAAGGCCCUCUGCCCUCUUUCUUCUUAGAAACGACAGUCACAGCCCGUUUCUUGUGUGCGUGAUGUGGAAAUUGAAUCAAAUCCCUCCUUGCUAAUAAAUGUUACCACUCUA